AUCGUUAAGAGAUAAGUCUUCACGAUAAAAGAAGAUGUCAAUUUAAAUAAAGCCACACAAAAGUUUGAUUUCUAUUCGCAUACAGCUCAGAACCAUAAGAUAGCUGGUGAAAUGUUGUUCUUCGUAUCCUGUUUGAUUUUGCUUGCCGGGGAAUCAUUGUGUCUCCCAUCAGCUAAUCAGUACGUAGACACUGUUCUUCACACAACUCUCCAAAAUGUCAUUUUGAAUGAGAAGUACGAACCAACUCAUCUUCCAGACUUCACAUUCGAAUAUACUGACAAAACAUUCAUGGGGAAGGUCCAUGGCAAAGCUGACUACAAAGAAGGAUCUUUGAGUGGCCUUUCUCAGGUAUCAAGAGUAGGAGAUUGCCAAGGACCACUUAACGUAUCCGGUUCUACUGUAAUCAACUGCACCCUCGGCUUCAACUACUUGAAAACAAGCUACAAAGGCAAGGUGAAAUAUGGAGUUCUGCCAAAGGUGAGCAUCGAGGCAAAAGCUGAAGUUUCUGCAACCUGGGUAGUUGUUGGAAUUGCUAAAGGCUUCAACCAAAGGGAGGCUACAGUUAAAUCUUUUGCACUGAGACAAAUUGGACAGGUGACACCUCAUUACACUGGUUUAGGGCCUUUGAACAAGUAUGUGAAAGUGCUGCAAGAAAAUUACAAAAGCCGUGUCGCUUCUGAAGUUACCAAUGUUAUUAACAACAGAUUCAAAUAUGCUUUGAAUUUAGCUGUUGCUCAAGUGCCAAUGCCUCUGCGUUAAACUGGCUGAUGUUAAAAGUAAAAUGAGAAUGAAUUGCUAUGUUUUAUAUAGGAUUUAAAUAAAUACAAAAUUUUUGCAGUA